AAGCAAAGCAGUUUACAUUAAUUCUGUACCUACCAACAUGGACACAACCAGAUAUUCUAUAACUUAAUACUUGUGGCAUUGUGGAUGUCAGUACUAGAGAAUUAUUGAAUAGAUUUUCUUAGUUUAUAUUCUUCAAGAGACAUAGUACAUCGGCUUGAGAAAUAAGAAACAUAACACAACAUAAAGCAAAGCAGUCCAUAUAUACACACCUGCAAACAUGGACGGAACAAAAUAUUCAAUAACACUGAUGCUAGUGGCAUUUGUGAAUAUUAGUACUGGAGCAAAGUUACUCAUCUGGCCUUAUAAUCAUGGAUUCAACUCCCGUUUGAUGAACAUGGAAAAAAUGUCCAAUAUGCUGGUAGAGGCCGGACAUUCAGUUGAUUGGAUAAUCAGCACCAAGUAUGAUGAAUCAUCGCGACCAUUGUCGAGCGAUGUCACCAUUUACAAAUAUCAGGUCCCUGAUGAAGUUCCACUAAUAACAGAUGCUGGUUUCAUUGAAAAUUUGGUAAAUGCUCCUACCUUACUCCUACCGAUUACAUUAAGGAAGGUAAACGUUGCCUUUUGCGAAAGCCUCAUCACAUCAAAACUCUGGGACCGUCUGAAACUGAACGACUAUGAUGUUUUGAUUAUAGAUUAUGUGGAUUAUUGUGGGGCUAUUGGAAUAGAUUAUUUGGAGAUUCCGACUAUGCUGUAUUCUAAUUUCGGUAUCAUGCAUGCGCCCGUUGUGAACUUUCCAUUUCCAUGGUCAUUCAAUCCUCAUUUCAUGCUACCAUUCACCCAGGAGAUGUCUUUUGCGGAGAGGGUCCAAAACGUCAUUGCUCAUUUUACAUUCGACUCAAUAGGAGUGACGUAUUUCUAUCAGGGAAUGUACGAGUUGAAAAGGAAAUAUAAUCUUAACACUAGUAUGGAUUAUGACACGGCCUGGACCAGAGCGAAGAUCAUCAUCAACAAUGCCCACUACGCGUUUGAUUUACCGAGAGCUACACUGCCGAAUCAUAUCAUGAUAGGGGGACUCUUCAAUUCCCCAUCGAAGCCACUGGAUACGUACUUCCAAAGAAUCACAUCAGCAGCUCCUAAUGGCGUAGUGAUUGUUAGUUUUGGGACGCUCUUCAGACGACUCGCAAAUGAGGACACAAAUGAGAUGCUAGCUCUGGCGUUCUCCAAACUGAAUCAGACAGUUAUUUGGAAAUAUGAAGGUGAACCACUGAAAAAUAAAGGCCCUAAUACUUUCCUUGUAAAAUGGUUGCCACAAAAUGACCUCUUAGGGCACCCAAGUGUUAAACUUUUUGUUACACAUGGUGGCAUAAGUAGCUCACAUGAAGCUAUAUACCAUGGAGUCCCGAUUGUUGGUAUUCCUCUAUUCAUGGACCAGCCAGCUAACGUUAGAAGACUCACCCAGCGAUGUAAAAUGGGUGUGGAGAUGAACGCAGAAACUCUUACGAGUCAGUCUCUGCUGAAUGCAAUGAAACACGUCAUGGAUGAACCCUCGUUUAAGACCAAUGCGAAAAAAAUGUCAUUGAGUUUUCGUGACAAUCCUGUUUCCCCGAGAGACACUUUGUUAUAUUGGGUAGAACAAGUUGCCAUAAAAGGACGUAGUGGGGAUCUUGAAUUUUUACGUCCCCAUGCUGCGUAUGAGCUGUCAUGGAUGCAGUAUCACUCAUUAGAUGUAUUCUUGUUCAUCUUUACAGUAAUUGUGAUCCUUCUUGGACUGAUAUUCAUUGGGUGCAGGUGCUGUAUUGUGAAAAUAUGUUGUGCAAAUAAGAAAAAAGAAAAGACAUAUUAAGAUAGACAUGAACUGCUUAUGAAUUGUAUACACAGUGACCUCUAAAUAUCUUUUUUAAUUAAUAGGAGGUUAACUUACUAUUGUAAAGACCCUGGAUAGCAAGUUGAUACUACAACCCAGCAGUAGUGGCUUAUGGCUCAGUUGGUAGAGCAUCAGUCCAAGGGUCCUAGGUUCGAUUCCCACAUGGGGCGUUGGAUUCAGCACACUUUCUUUCAAUUUCUUUAUUUAGCUUGUUACACUAUGCUAGUUAGUUAGACAUUCCCCAGGGGCACCGGGGUCAUUCCACUGCUUUGGUGAAAAUAUAACGGUACAUGUUAAAUAGAAACUUUCAUAUUAAAUUGAGGGCACUUCUAUUACUGGCCAAUAGCUAGCUUUUACCAAGGAGCAUUCAAUUUUUGGAAAAUUCCAAGGGGGUUCAAAUUUGACAAUUUUGGCCUAACAUCGUUCACAAAGUGCU